AAUGCUAUGGAGGCUGCUGAGAGCUCACAAAAAUACUCAGUGCUUUAUUUCCACCUCAAAGCCAAGGCGCCGCGGGGCAGCGCGUCACACGCAUGCAGGGACACGGAUGGAGCCCACGGGUGGGGACACUGACGAUGGACACGUGCAGCAGGACCUGCUCAAAGCCAGCUCGGCCCCAGCUCUGCCAGGGCCCCGCAGCUCCCGCUGCAGGAGGCUCUGCCCAGCCCUGGGAUGGGCACUGGGACACCCCAGGGGACUCUCGGUGGUGGCUGUGCUCAGGUGAAGGGCAGGGAGGGACCCUCACUGCCAAACAUGGGGUGGGACGAGCCCUGGCAAGUGCAGACCUCCCCAAAAUCAAGGUAGCUCCAGGUGCCCCUUCCAGCAGCAUUGCAGGAGCAGCUUGGGGACACUGUCAGCCCCCAUCUGCCACCCAGCCAUGUCCCCUGUGCCCUGGCAGCCAGAGCUGCACACUGGGGCCACUGCUGAACCCCAGCAGUUCCCAGCCCCACGGCACAGGGGAAGACAUGGGGACACUGGGGCAAAGACCUCCAGCACCAGCACACUCACCCUUCCUCCUCAGACUGGGCUGGAAGGGGCACAGCACCCCUGGAACAGCCUGUGCAGCUGGGGGGGCUUCUGGGAAAGGCAGGAGUGAGCCGUGGAUGCUCCCAGCAGCUGCUCUGCCCUGUGUGCUGCCACCCUGCUCUGCCCCAUGUGCCCCACCCUGCUCCAGGCAGUCCCUGCACAGCCCAGCACCUUCCCGCUGCCCUCCUGGGCUCUCAGGCACAGAUGGGCCAGGACCCUGCCCCAGUCCAGUGGGAGACCAGCGCCUGAAGCCAGCCCAAAAGGCCACCAGCCUUUUUGAGGACUUGCCCCAAGACCCCCAGCCUGGAGGAGGAACCAUGAGAGCCCCCAGGCCAAGAAAGGACAGGGCAGGGCUGGACCCGUGCCCUGAUACCAGGAGCAGCAUCCUGCUCUCCCUGGAGCAUUCUCCAAAGCAACAGGCAGCAGGUCCUUGCUCCUCCUCUGUCCUGCCCUCCUGGGGCUGGCAGGAGCCAGGACAGGGUGUCCUGCAGCAGGGACAGACACUCGGGGGUCUCGGCAGGGUCCUGGCAGCAGCUCCACAGCAAACACCCAGCCCUGGCAGGACAGGGAGGAGGAGCCCCAGCAGCGGGGCUGGCUAGAAGUGCUUGUCCUCCAGCAGCGAGCUCACCACC